CGCUAGACGCGCGGCGGGGGCGGGGCCGGCUGCGCGCGCAGGGCGGGCACCCUCCAGCGGAGCGACGGGGGCGCGUUCGCGGCGCUCGUCUGCACGGCUCCGCCCUCCCCUGCGCACGCGCGCACACGCACAGACCACACGCAGACACAUACACACACGCACACCCGCCUGCGGCUGGAAGCUCGUUCCACGGAAGCCCGCCCUCGCGAGGCCCCGCCCCGCGCGCGAGCAUGGCUUCGGCCGGCGUGCUGUGGGACUGUGAAGACCCAGGCCUCUGGGCCGCCAUCCUGGCACGCCACGGGGAGGUGCUGCGGGCGCGCGCGGGCCCGCACGGGCCUCUGGAAGCACUGGACCAGUGGUACCGAGAGGAGUUGCCUGCAGCCAUUCAGGGCCGAGCCGAGAAGCACGUGACACAACCCGAGCUAGAGCGGCUGCUGGCCUGGAAGCUGGCGGUGAGGGGCGUGGCCUGUGGCGCGGAGGCGGGGCCAGCCGGGACGGGGGCGGGGCCCGUGCGGACAGCCUCCUUCCCACGGUGGGCGGGGCUCCUGCCCAGGUGCCAGGCCCUGGAGCUGAGCCCAGUCCUCCGUGUGACCCCAGAAGGGCCGCUUCCGGCCGCGCCUGCAGCAGCUGGUCCGCACCAACACCCCAGAGCUCGUGGUGCGGCGCUCUGCGGCCGCCUUUCACCUCAUGCCAGACGUGUCAGCGGCAGUCACGGAACUGUGCGCGCUCCGGGGCGUGGGCCCCGCCACGGCCUCUGGUACGUCUGCAGAGCUGAGCGGGUCCCGGGCCAGGGGCCGGUUCGCCGCCGCCGGCGGGACCGGGCGGUCGGGCAGCGCCCGAGUCUCGGCCCUUCAUUGCCCUUAGCCGUCCUGGCCGCCGGCGCGCCUGAGGUGGCCGCCUUCAUGUCCGACGAGGCGGUGGCGGCCGUGCCCGGGCUGCCUGCGCUGCGCUACACGCUGAAGUACUACCUGCUGUACCUGAGCAGAGUGCGGGAGCGGGCCGCAGCCCUGAGCCGAGGAAGCGCCGCUGGGUGUUGGACCCCUCAGAAGCUGGAGCGCGCGCUGUGGACCUGGACUGUGGGCCGGAAGCUGUGCCCUGACCUGCUGCCCGACCUCAGCCCCUGCCCCGCCCAAGGGGACCCAGACGGCAGCUGUGUGGCAGGAGCCACCCAAUAA